GCGGCGGCGGUGGAUUGCACUCUCUUUGUGGGCAACCUAGAAACUAAAGUGACCCAGGAGCUCCUUUUCGAGCUUUUCCACCAGACAUGAAAGGACUAUGGAUAACAUGACUCCAUCACCACAGAUAAUUCAGAGAUCUUUCUCUUCUCCAGAAAAUUUUCAGAAACAAGCAGUGAUGAACAACGUUUUGAGACAGAUGUCAUAUGGCGGGAAAUUUGGUUCUCCACAUCUUGAUCAAUCAGGAUUUUCCCCAUCAGUUCAGUCACAUAAUCAUAGUUAUAACCAGUCUUCAAGCUCCCAGUGGCGUCAAGAUACACCAUCAUCACUGCGUAAAGCCAGGCAGAGUUCUCAUCCCUACCUAGCAGACAGACACUAUAGCCGUGAGCAGCAUUACAGAGGACACAGAGUUGAUUACUUCUAUGAAGACAGGAAUCACAAUGGCUGGAGCCAUGACCACGAUAACAGGAGAGACAGCAGUAGAGCUGGAAAGUGGCAUUCAUCUCGAAACCAACAAGUGUUCAAAGGACAUUGUUUUUAUAGGGUCAUCCUAGGCCCUUCGGGCUGA